AUGGGGGUUACAGACACACCUGCGACCGCCACGAAUGGCUUUGGGAGCUCAUUCGCAGCGAAACAUAACUUACCGUCACACUUUAUCGGAGGCAAUCGCCUAGAUCUUGCACCUCCGGGGAAAGUGAAGGACUUUGUUGCGAAGAAUGAUGGCCAUUCAGUAAUUACUUCGGUUCUUAUCGCAAAUAAUGGCAUUGCUGCCGUCAAAGAAAUUCGAGAUGUCCGAAAAUGGGCCUAUAAUACAUUUGGCGAUGAGCGGGCAAUUCAGUUUACGGUCAUGGCUACACCGGAGGAUUUAAGAGCGAAUGCAGACUAUAUUCGGAUGGCAGACCAAUAUGUUGAGGUCCCCGGAGGCACAAAUAACAACAAUUAUGCUAAUGUAGAACUGAUUGUGGACAUUGCGGAGCGUAUGGGUGUUCAUGCUGUUUGGGCAGGAUGGGGCCAUGCUUCAGAAAACCCAAAGCUGCCUGAAUCGCUUGCCGCAUCUCCGAAAAAGAUAAUUUUUAUUGGCCCUCCCGGUUCUGCAAUGCGUUCUCUUGGAGAUAAGAUCUCUUCCACCAUCGUUGCGCAACACGCUGGAGUUCCCUGCAUUCCUUGGUCUGGAGAAGGUAUAGAUGAUGUUACAAUCGAUGAAGAUGGUAUCGUGACCGUAGAGGACCAUAUUUAUGACAAAGGAUGCACACAUUCUCCGCAAGAAGGGCUUGAAAAAGCUAGGAUUAUAGGUUUUCCCGUCAUGGUCAAAGCAUCGGAAGGAGGAGGUGGGAAGGGUAUUCGGAAAGUUGAUAGAGAAGAGGAUUUCAUCAACUUGUAUAAUGCUGCGGCAAGCGAAAUUCCCGGAUCCCCAAUCUUCAUCAUGAAAUUAGCGGGUAACGCGAGACAUUUGGAAGUUCAGUUAUUGGCCGAUCAAUAUGGAAACAAUAUCUCUCUGUUUGGUCGUGAUUGUUCAGUACAGAGACGGCACCAGAAAAUUAUCGAGGAGGCUCCUGUCACUAUUGCAAAGCCGGAAACAUUUAGAGCAAUGGAGCGAGCCGCUGUGAGGCUUGGGAAGUUGGUUGGCUACGUUUCUGCAGGAACGGUUGAAUACCUCUAUUCCCAUGCGGAUGACAAGUUUUAUUUCCUGGAGCUCAACCCCCGUCUGCAAGUCGAACAUCCCACAACAGAAAUGGUUUCUGGCGUGAAUCUCCCAGCUGCUCAGCUCCAGAUUGCCAUGGGAAUUCCGCUGCACCGCAUUCGCGAUAUUCGUCUUCUUUACGGCGUGGAUCCCAACACCAGCUCCGAAAUCGACUUCCACUUUGAAAAUGAGGAGAGUACCAAGACUCAACGCCGACCGAAACCAAAAGGCCACACAACUGCUUGUCGUAUCACUUCCGAAGAUCCAGGUGAAGGCUUCAAGCCAUCCAGCGGAACAAUGCACGAACUCAACUUUCGAAGUAGCUCUAAUGUCUGGGGUUACUUCUCUGUUGGUACCGCUGGUGGAAUUCACAGCUUCUCCGAUUCUCAAUUCGGCCAUAUCUUUGCCUACGGUGAGAAUCGCUCUGCUUCACGAAAGCACAUGGUCGUUGCACUGAAGGAGUUGAGCAUUCGAGGCGAUUUCCGGACAACCGUUGAGUAUCUCAUCAAACUACUUGAGACACCCGCUUUUGAGGACAAUACCAUCACGACUGGUUGGUUGGAUCAGUUGAUUUCCAAUAAGUUGACGGCUGAACGGCCAGAUCCAAUGAUCGCUGUGAUCUGCGGAGCUGUUACUAGGGCUCAUCUUUCUAGCGAGGCGUGUAUCGCGGAAUACCGGAAGGGCAUUGAGAAGGGUCAAGUGCCUUCCAAAGAUGUUUUGAAAACGGUUUUCCCCGUCGAUUUUAUUUACGAAGGAUUCCGAUAUAAAUUCACGGCCACGAGAUCAAGCAACGAUAACUAUCAUCUCUUCAUUAAUGGGUCCAAAUGCUCCGUUGGGGUUCGUGCUCUUGCUGAUGGUGGAUUGCUUGUUCUUUUGGACGGACGAAGCCAUAAUGUUUAUUGGAAGGAGGAAGCCGCUGCAACUCGUCUGAGUGUCGAUGGCAAAACAUGUCUGCUCGAGGAGGAGAAUGACCCCACACAACUCCGCACACCGAGCCCUGGAAAGCUGGUCAAGUACACUGUGGAAAACGGGGAGCAUGUUAAAGCCGGACAACCAUUCGCUGAGGUCGAGGUCAUGAAGAUGUACAUGCCACUCAUCGCCAAAGAGGAUGGGAUUGUCCAACUGAUAAAGCAACCUGGAUCUACUCUCGAAGCUGGAGAUAUUCUGGGUAUUCUCGCAUUAGACAAUCCAUCCAGAGUGAAACACGCGCAGCCAUUCCUUGGGCAGUUACCAGAUUUAGGCCCCCCGCAAGUCGUCGGUAAUAAGCCUCCCCAACGAUUUGGCUUGCUGCACAAUAUCUUGUGGGAUAUUCUCCGUGGGUUUGACAACCAAGUCAUCAUGGGAGCCACUUUGAAAGAGUUGGUUGAAGUUUUGCGGAACCCCGAACUUCCCUAUGGAGAGUGGAACGCUCAAGUCUCAGCCCUUCACUCACGGAUGCCACAGAAGCUCGAUUCCCUACUUGCACAAGUUGUUGACAGAGCCAAGACGCGAAAGGCGGAAUUCCCUGCCAACCAGUUGAUGAAGACACUUAGCCGCUUCAUCGAUGACAAUGUUACACCUGCCGACGCUGAUAUUCUCCGCACAAGUCUCCAACCUCUCGUGGACGUCAUUCGACGGUAUAGUGAGGGAUUGAAAGUCCAUGAAUAUAAAGUUUUCAUUGGCAUUCUUCAACAGUACUGGGACGUUGAACACCUAUUCGCAGGCCGAAAUAUGCGCGACGAAGAUGUGAUCCUUAAACUAAGAGAGGAGAACAAAGAUGACAUUUUUGGCGUCAUACAAACGGUUUUGUCCCACAGCAAGGUCGGGGCGAAGAACAAUUUGCUCUUAGCGAUUUUGGAUAUGUAUCGCCCCAACAAACCGAAUGCCGGCAACGUGGGGAACUAUUUGAAACCUAUCCUAAAAAAGCUGGCAGAGCUGGAAUCCCGCGCAACUUCUAAAGUCGCGCUGAAGGCCCGCGAAGUUCUUAUCCAGUGCGCUCUCCCAUCCCUGGAGGAGAGGGUCGCCCAGAUGGAACAUAUCCUGCGAUCUUCAGUUGUGGAAUCGAAAUACGGAGAGACCGGCUGGGAUCAUAGAGAGCCUGACAUCAAUGUCUUGAAAGAAGUGGUUGACUCGAAGUACACUGUCUUUGACGUUCUCCCUCUGUUCUUCGGGCAUCAGGACCAGUGGGUAUCCCUGGCAGCGCUUGAGGUGUAUGUCCGCCGUGCCUAUCGAGCAUAUAAAUUGAAGGGUAUCGAAUAUCACAACCAGCAUGAGAGUCCGUUCUUUAUUUCCUGGGAUUUUACUCUCGGAAAGGCUGGUGGUCAAUCUGAUUUUGGAAUGGUGGCCGGUUCAUCUCACCCGUCCACUCCCACCACGCCCACGAUGGAAAGCAAUCCAUUCAAGAAAAUCAGCUCCAUUAGUGACAUGUCAUACUUGGUUAACAAGGGGGUCAAUGAGCCAAUGAGGAAAGGGGUUAUCAUUCCCGUUAAUUAUCUCGAUGAUGCCGAGGAGAUGCUUUCGAGGGCACUGGAGGUUUUUCCCCGUGCAGAGUCGCAGAAGAGCAGCGGAAGCUCCAUUACCCUAUCUUUAGCGGCUUUGCGCAAGCCAACACCUCGUGUUGAAAGCAUCGAUGAGCUUACAGGCGUUUGCAACGUUGCGAUCCGUGAUAUCGAGGAUCUUGAUGAUACGGAGAUGGUGUCGCGCAUUACCAAGCUUGUCUCUGAAGUCAAAGAAGAGCUUCUCGCUCGCCGGGUGAGAAGACUUACAUUUAUCUGUGGGCAUAAGGAUGGGACUUAUCCUGGUUAUUUUACGUUCAGAGGACCUACUUACAAUGAAGAUGAGAGCAUUCGACACAGCGAACCUGCGCUUGCCUUCCAACUGGAAUUGGGAAGACUUUCCAAAUUUAGAAUUAAGCCUGUCUUUACGGAAAAUCGGAAUAUUCACGUUUACGAGGCAAUUGGAAAGGGACCGGAGAGUGACAAGGCUGUUGAUAAGCGAUAUUUCACGAGAGCUGUUGUUCGCCCGGGCCGAUUGCGAGAUGAUAUUCCCACGGUGGAGUAUCUUAUCUCUGAGGCUGACAACUUAAUGAAUGACAUCCUGGACGCUCUGGAAAUUAUUGGCAAUAACAACUCUGAUUUGAAUCAUAUCUUUAUCAACUUUACGCCCGUUUUUCCCCUUCAGCCGGCUGAUGUCGAAAGGGCCUUGGCAGGCUUCCUGGAACGCUUUGGUAGACGACUCUGGCGCCUCCGCGUCACUGGAGCUGAAAUCCGUAUCCUCUGCACGGAGCCGACGACUGGAAUGGCCUAUCCCCUCCGUGUAGUCAUCAAUAACACCUCAGGAUACAUUAUCCAAGUGGAAAUGUAUGCUGAGCGAAAGUCCGAGAAAGGGGAAUGGAUAUUCCAGAGCAUCGGUGGCACGACAAAAAUAGGAUCCAUGCAUCUUCGUCCAGUUUCAACACCGUAUCCCACGAAGGAAUGGCUGCAACCCAAACGAUAUAAGGCCCAUUUAAUGGGUACUCAAUACGUCUACGACUUCCCGGAGCUAUUCAGACAGGCUUUUCAGAACUGCUGGACAAAGGCUAGUGAAGAGCAUUCUUCCCUCGCUGACAAACGGCCUGCUGUGGGCGAGUGUAUCGACUACAACGAACUCGUGCUUGACGAUUCUGACAAUUUAAUCGAGGUCGCGCGAGAGCCUGGGACCAAUACGCAUGGGAUGGUUGGCUGGAUGAUCACUGCAAGAACUCCCGAAUACCCGCGUGGCAGGCGCUUCAUCGUUAUCGCCAACGAUAUCACAUUCCAGAUUGGAUCUUUUGGACCCCAAGAAGAUAAAUUUUUUCAUAAGUGCACUGAGCUUGCUAGGAAGCUUGGGAUACCUCGUAUCUACCUUUCUGCCAACUCCGGUGCUCGUAUCGGAAUGGCAGAGGAGCUGAUGCAUCACUUCUCUGUUGCGUGGAAUGAUCCGGAGCGACCAGAAGCUGGAUUCAAGUAUCUUUACCUUACCCCGGAAGUGAAGAAGAGACUAGACGAGAGGAAGACAAAGAACGUCAUCACUGAACUUGUCACGGAAAACAGUGAGGAAAGACAUAUGAUCACCACUGUUAUCGGUGCAGAAGACGGCCUUGGUGUCGAGUGCCUGAGAGGCUCUGGUCUCAUUGCUGGCGCCACCUCGAAGGCCUACGAAGACAUCUUCACGAUUACACUUGUGACCUGUCGUUCUGUUGGGAUUGGCGCCUACCUCGUUCGUCUGGGCCAGCGGGCAAUUCAAGUUGAAGGGCAGCCUAUUAUCCUCACUGGUGCCCCUGCUAUCAACAAGCUUCUUGGAAGAGAAGUCUAUACAUCCAACUUGCAGUUGGGUGGAACACAAAUUAUGUACAAGAAUGGUGUUUCACACAUGACCGCAAAUGAUGACUUUGAAGGUAUUCAGAAGAUCGUGCAAUGGAUGUCAUUUAUACCAGACAAGAAGAAUUCGCCUGUCCCAAUUCGACCAUAUUCCGACACUUGGGAUCGAGAUAUUGCAUAUUAUCCCCCAGCCAGGCAAACUUACGAUGUUAGGUGGCUCAUUGCUGGUAAGCAGGAUGAAGAGGGUUUCUUACCUGGUUUCUUCGACAAGGAUUCCUUUCAGGAAACACUUGCUGGAUGGGCGAGGACCGUGGUUGUGGGACGUGCUAGACUUGGUGGAAUUCCCAUUGGCGUCAUCGCAGUGGAGACACGCUCUGUCGACACUGUCACACCUGCCGACCCUGCCAAUCCAGAUUCAAUGGAGUUGAUUUCCACGGAAGCUGGUGGAGUUUGGUAUCCAAAUUCUGCAUUCAAGACCGCCCAGGCUCUCAAAGAUUUUAACUUUGGCGAACAGCUUCCUGUGAUGAUUCUUGCUAACUGGAGAGGGUUCUCUGGUGGUCAACGAGACAUGUACAACGAAGUACUAAAGUACGGUUCUUAUAUUGUCGACGCGCUUGUGAAAUACCAGCAACCUGUUUUUGUUUAUAUCCCGCCAUUUGGAGAACUGCGUGGUGGUUCCUGGGUUGUGAUCGAUCCCACCAUCAAUCCAGAACAAAUGGAAAUGUACGCUGAUGAGGAGUCCCGCGGCGGUGUCCUUGAGCCAGAAGGCAUCGUCAAUAUCAAAUACCGUCGCGAUAAGCAGCUGGAUACCAUGGCCCGUUUGGACCCGGAAUACGGCGAGCUUCGAAAAGCACUCAACGAUAAAUUCCUCCCCGCUGACCAACUUUCCAAGAUCAAAGCCAAGAUGACCGAAAGAGAAGAACAACUCCUGCCAGUCUACAUGCAAAUCGCCCUUCAAUUUGCCGACCUCCACGACCGCGCCGGCCGCAUGAAGGCCAAAGAAACCAUCCGCCAAGCCCUCCAAUGGAAAAAUGCCCGGCGGUUCUUUUACUGGCGUCUCCGUCGCCGUCUCAGCGAGGAACUCAUUCUCAAACGCAUGGCUGCAGCCGCUCCUUCGACUACUUCACGCAAUAGCGCUGUCCCGAACAUUACUGCCACCAGCCCUUCUUCCCCCCUCAAACCCGCCACGCCGUCAAGACGUGAUGCCAAUCUAAAUACUCUCCAAUCGUGGACUGGAAUGCUGGAUCGGGAGUUCGACUUCAAUGAUCGCAAGGUUGCUCUGUGGUACGAGGAGAAUAAAAAGAAGGUGCUGGAGAAUGUUGAGCAGAUGAAGGUUGAUGGAGUUGCAGUUGAAGUUGCCCAGUUACUUAUGGGGAACAAGGAUGGUGGGUUGAGAGGUGUGCAGCAGGUACUUAGCAUGCUGCCCGUGGAGGAAAGGGAGGCUGUAUUGAAAUAUUUGGGGUCGCCUUGA